AUGAGAGGCAGCAACCAGACGAGCAUCUCCGAGUUUUUCCUCCUGGGCCUCUCCAGGCAGCCCCAGCAGCAGCAGCUCCUCUUCCUGUUCUUCCUCAUCAUGUACCUGGCCACCGUCCUGGGGAACCUGCUCAUCAUCCUGGCCAGCAGUACAGACUCCCGCCUGCACAGCCCCAUGUACUUCUUCCUCAGCAAUCUGUCCUUCGUGGACGUCUGCUUCUCCUCCACCACCGUCCCCAAGGUACUGGCUGACCACAUCCUCGGGAGUCAGGCCAUUUCCGUCUCUGAAUGUCUUAUGCAAAUUUAUUUUCUCUGUGUCUUUGCUGUCAUGGACAAUUUCCUGCUGGCUGUGAUGGCCUAUGACCGGUAUGUGGCCAUAUGCCACCCCUUACACUACACAACAAAGAUGACCCAGCAGCUCUGUGUCCUGAUGGUGGUUGGUUCAUGGGUGGUAGCCAGCCUGAACGCUCUGUUGCACACCCUGCUCAUGGCGCGACUCUCAUUCUGUGGGGACAACAUCAUCCCUCAUUUCUUCUGUGAUGUGACCCCCCUGCUGAAGCUGUCCUGCUCGGACACGCACCUCAACGAGCUGAUGAUUCUUUAUGUUGCAGGGCUGAUAAUGAUCGCCCCAUUUGUCUGCAUCCUCGUGUCUUAUAUGCUAAUUGCUUGUGCUGUCCUGAGAGUCUCAUCUGCGAGGGGAAGAUGGAAAGCCUUCUCCACGUGCGGCUCCCACCUGGCCGUGGUCUGCCUCUUCUAUGGCACCAUCAUAUCCCUGUAUUUCAGUCCCUCAUCCUCUCACUCAGCUGCCUCAGCCACAGCAUCUGCCGUGAUGUACACAGUGGUGACCCCCAUGCUGAACCCUUUCAUCUAUAGCCUGAGGAACAGGGACCUGAAAGGGGCUUUAAGGAAAGUGCUCACCAGGGCAUUUUCAUCUACUCAAUAAGGUGAAAAACAAAAUCAUAAAAAGAAGUAAUUUCCCAGAACAUCAUUUUUAUUUUAUUGUGUGAAAGGAAAGCUAGCAUUUUGGUUUUGUUAGGAACGUGUCUUCUAUUUCUCUUGGGAAAAUGAAAAUCCAGGUUACAGACUAAAGAUGUGACUGGUG